AUGGAUAUCCAGUACACAGGACUGGCGCACACUUUGCAGACUGCAGUGAUUGCUGCCUUGAUCUUCGCAGCAUGCGCCUUAUUACCGAGGCUUCACUACAGGUCGCAGCUUGCAAAGCUGCCUGUCUUCGGCGGACCAGCGACUGGAGAGAAGCAGCGCCAGACCUACCUGAAUUCUGCGAAGUUGAUAUAUCUCAGCGGAUAUGCGAAAUUUAAAGAUUCCAUAUAUCGCAUCGCAUCAUCUGAUGGAGAAGACACCGUUGUCGUACCAGUCAGUAUGCUGCCAGAACUACGGAGGCUUGGUGAUGAUGUCUUGAGCUUUCCCAAGGCCAUAGACAAGCUCAUGGAGACAAAAUAUACCAAGAUGGAAACGGAGUCACAUCUUGUGAUACAGUCUGUGAGGUCAGAUCUCACUCCUGCUCUCAGCCGUAUGAACCAGUUUGUGAGAGAAGAGAUUGACAAAUGCGUCCCAAAGUACCUUCCUGCUUGCGAUGACUGGACCGAGGUCACUAUCUACAAAGUUUUGGUCGACAUCAUCGCCCAAGUCUCAGGUCGCAUUUUUGUUGGCCCAGAACUGUGCGAGGAUCCUGAAUAUCUGGGUUUCGCGACCAAUUACACACUGGAUAUGAUCGACACAGUCACUGCAAUCAAGAAGUUGCGACCUUUGUUCCGCCCCUUCACAGCCCCACGAUGUCCAGAACUCCGUCGUCUCCGUCAAAGAGAGAAGGCAGCUGCGGAUAUGCUUCAGCCCAUGGUCAGACAAAGACAGGAGGCUGCAAAGGACCCAAACUGGGUCAAGCCGGACGACAUGACACAAUGGAUGAUGGAUCGUGGAGCUGGAGACAACAUGACUGUGCAAGAUCUCGCAUCCUGCCAGCUUGGCUUGAUAUUUGCUGCAAUUCAUACGACCUCGCUCACGACCACGAACAUCCUGUACACGCUAGCUUCAACACCUGACUACAUUAAGCCUCUACGGGAAGAGAUUCGCAGCGUCAUCGCCGAGCACGAUGGCAACAUCACCACGAAAGCCUUACAGCAAAUGGAGAAGCUCGAUAGCUACAUGAAAGAAGUCAAACGUGUCUACCCACCUGCCAUGACAUCGUUCACCCGCCGCGUUUUGAAAGGCAUAACCCUGUCCAAUGGCCAGUACAUCCCACCAGGCGUCAUAAUCGAAGUCCCCUCGCAAGCCAUUUACAACGACAGUGCCUACUAUCCCAACAGCGCGACUUUCGACGGAUUUCGGCACUACGAGCUGCGUCGCGGUGGCAGCACGGCUGAUCACGCACGUAAUCAGUUCGUCACGACGAACGAACAGAAUCUUGCUUUCGGGUACGGACGCCAUGCAUGCCCCGGGAGGUUCUUUGCCGCCAACGAGAUUAAGAUGAUCGUUGCAAAGAUGAUUCUGGAUUAUGAUAUCAAGAUGCCCGAGGGCAUGACAGAGAGAUACGCGCAGAUUGAGGUAGGGAGGUCGAUCAGCCCGAAUCCGACAAAGACCUUAGUGUUCAAGAGGGUGUAG